CGGGGCAAGGGGCCGUGACGCCAUCAGAGGGCGCCGCAGGGUGCGGACGCUGGUCCGAGAUGUUGGAAUCGCUGCUGGCCCUGGGCGGCCUCGUACUGCUCCGGGAUUCCGUGGAGUGGGAGGGGCGCAGCUUCCUGAAGGCGCUCAUCAGGAAAGCUGCACUGUCUGGGGAGCAGGUGCGCAUCCUGGGCUGCGAAGUGAGUGAGGAGGAGUUCCGUGAAGGCUUCGACUCGGAUGUCAACAGCCGGCUUGUUUAUCAUGAUCUCUUCAGGGACCCUCUCAACUGGUCAAAAACUGGGGAGGCCCCUCCUGGAGGACCCCUGGGAGCUUUGAGAGCUAUGUGCAAGAGGACGGAUGCUGGUCCUGUCACCAUUGCCAUCGAUUCGCUCAGCUGGCUGUUGCUUCGCCAACCCUGCACCGCAGUCUGCCAGGUUCUGCAUGCCCUGAGCCAUCGGACCCCCUGCCCUGGUCACAGCCCCCCAGCGGAGCAGGUGCGUGUGCUGGGCCUGCUACAUGAAGAGCUUCAUGGCCCAGGCCCCGUGGGAGCGCUGAGCAGUCUUGCUCAGACCGAGGUGACCUUGGGUGGCACAGCGGGCCUGGACUCAGCUCACAUCGUGUAUCAGAGGCCUCGACAGCGCCCCACUCAUCAGACUCAGUGGUUCUCCAUCCUUCCUGACUUCAGCCUGCAUCUCCAGGAGGGACCCCGCCCUGAGUGCCAGCCCCACCCAGACCCUUACACAUCCCCGGUGGACCCCACAACUCAUUUGACCUUUAACCUUCGCCUGUCGAAGAAAGAGAAAGAAGCCAGAGAUGGCCUGACCCUGCCUUUCCAGUUCAGCUCUGAAAAACAGCAGGCUCUGUUACGCCCUGGGCAAGGCCAGGCUGCUAGCCACAUCUUCUAUGAGCCAGAUGCUUACGACGACCUGGACCAAGAAGACCCGGAUGAUGACCUAGAUGUUUGACUAGGCUGUAACAAGUCAGGGGACAGACCCUGGGCCCUGAACCAUCAUCCUGCUGUUUACCUUUGCCUGUUCCUGCCCCACCUUUGUUCUCUGUGUCAGUGGAGGCACUGCCCAGUGAGCCAGAGAGCAGAGUCUGAUCAGGACGGAAAGUGGAACAAGGGCAUAGGAUAAAUUGGAAGAACAGCACGCUCCCCGGUGCCAAAUAAAAUAUUUUUUUAAUCAAAAAAGAAACUCGGGCUGGCGCUAUGGUGUAGCGGGUAAAGCUACCACCUGCAGUACCAGCAUCCCAUAUGAGCACUGGUUUGAGUCCCAGCUGCUCCACUUCAGAUCCAGCUCUCUGCUAUGGUGGCCUAGAAAAGCAAUAGAAGAUGGCCCAGGACCUUGGGCCCCUGUACCGGCAUGGGAGACUUGGAAGAAGCUCCUGGCUCCUGGCUCCUGGCUUCAGCUCAGCUCUGGCCAUUGCGAUCUCUGGGGAGUGAGCCAGCAGACGGAAGACUCUCUCUUUCUCUGGUGCUACCUCUCUAACACAAAUAAAUAAAAAUAAU